CGGGGGAGCGAAGGGGAAGUGUCGGUCUCGCACCGGAAGUUGUCCUCGCUCGCGCCCCGGCCGUUGCCCGUCGCGCUCCGUGUCCGUUGCUGCCAUGGCCGAGUUCGAUCUGUUCGGCGCGCCGCCCGCCCAGCCGCCGGCCGCGGACAGCCCCGGCGUGGGGAACGGGGCGCUGAGCGGCGGCGAGGAGGACCCGGCCGCUGCCUUCCUGGCCCAGCAGGAGAGCGAGAUCGCGGGCAUCGAGAACGACGAGGGCUUCAGCAUCCUGGAGAGCGGCGAGGUGCCGGCGGGGCUGCAGGGCCACGGCGGGCCCGCGCCGGAUGCUGUUGAUGGGGUGAUGAAUGGAGAGCUCUAUCAGGAGAGCAAUGGGCCAACAGACUGCUAUGCCGCUAUUUCACAUGUGGAUCGACUGCAGUCAGAACCAGAGAGUAUCCGUAAAUGGAGAGAGGAGCAAAAGGAACGCCUAGAAGUCCUUGAUGCUAACUCUCGAAAGCAGGAAGCAGAAUGGAAAGAGAAGGCGAUAAAGGAGUUGGAAGAAUGGUAUGCAAGGCAAGAUGAACAACUACAGAAAACAAAAGUCAACAACAGGGUGGCAGAUGAAGCUUUCUACAAACAACCCUUCGCUGACAUGAUUGGUUAUGUCACAAACAUAAACCAUCCUUGCUACAGCCUAGAACAGGCAGCUGAAGAAGCCUUUGUGAAUGAUGUGGAAGAAACUUCCCCAGGCACAGAGUGGGAACGUGUGGCUCGGCUGUGUGACUUUAAUCCCAAGUCUAGUAAGCAGGCAAAAGAUGUGUCCCGCAUGCGCUCCAUCCUUAUUUCACUCAAGCAGGCUCCGCUGGUUCGCUGAAGGAAAAGCACAAUGGAAACACUACAAAUGCAAUAUCUUAACCUUACUCAGAGAAGCUGUGUUUGCAGUAAUUGGAUUAAUUAUGUUUAAAUGUGGUUUUUUUGUUUUUUUUGUUUUUUUUUGGACCAAACCUCAUGAAGUAUCUAGAGUUGAUCAUUGUUUGUGAUUGCAUGUUCUUCCUCAUGUUUCCUUCCUCUGUCCCAAAUGGGAGGAGAGAACCUCCAGAACUGUAGUCUCUCUGUACUCUUGUGCACUGAGAUGUCACUUUCAACUGUACUGAUAUUAAAGGUCUGUUAAACAGUUA